CCAACAUCCACUCUUCGUCAUUGCUACUUCGCGUCUCCUGUCACGCCUGGAUUAUCGAUUUCAUGUGAAUAUUGAGCAGGCGCAUUAGAGUUGACCCGACAUUUAAAGCACUGCAGGACCAACCAACCCUACACGUCGCUUGACAUUUCGUCCUUUCUUCGUCAUCACUCAGCGGAGACAGGGCCAUUCUCUCACUAAUACGUCGUCGCCAAUAUUUUGAUAUCUUUGAAGAUGCCACCUCCAGUUCGCAAUAGACAGAGCCUAUCCAAGGACAAGUUUGUGGGAUACUUUGCACCACUGAAAAGUCAGACAUACCACGAAUCCACCCAAUCUAGAGGAGGCGGAGUUGGAAGUAUUCGCUCGGUAGCUUGGAAUCCCGUUGGAAGCCUUGUCGCAACUGGUUCGGCUGACAGAACCCUUCGUGUUUGGAAUCCUGAAAAGCCCAAUGCGCGGUUCUCGACCGAUUUAAAGGGUCAUGCUGCAGGCAUUGAGAAAGUGGCCUUCAAUCCCGUCAAGGAUGCAGAACUUUGCAGUCUCAGCAAGGACGGUGUUGCCAAGUUCUGGGAUGUAAGAACGAAAGCCUGUGUGAACGAGGUCAAGGACCUUGGAGAUGCACACGCCCUCGCCUGGGCCCCUGAUGGGUCCUCACUUCUUGUAGGAAACAGGAGUGGCGGGCUUUUCCGAAUCUCCCCAACCGAGUCCGCCAUUCUUUCAUCUCAUCCACAGCCCGUUGAGGCGUACCAGAUGUCCUUUUGUUGGUCGGGCAAGAAAGUAUUUCUCCCGACAAGGGACGGAAGUAUCCGCAUCUUGUCUUAUCCUGAGCUGGAGCCGAUUCUGCGCGUCAACCAUGCCGUCAAGCCUGGCGAGUCAGAUGAGUUUAUUCUCAAGGGCCACACAGCCCCAUGCCUGACGACCGAACUGUCACCCACCGGAAAGUACCUUGCAACAGGAGGGGGGGACGCAAUUAUGUCUCUAUUUGAGACCCAAGACUGGAUCUGCAAGCGUACGAAUACACGCAUCGUCGGGCCAGUGAAGAGCAUCAGCUUCACGUUCGAUGGUCGAUAUGUCGUCGGUGCCUGUGAAGACGGCCCUGGUUUGGAUGUCACCCAUACAGAGACAGGGGAGCAUAUUCACACGUUCAAAACAGCUGGACCUUGUCAUGCCUUAGCGUGGGCACCAACUAGGUAUUGUCUGGCCUAUAGUGAUCUGGGGAUUCUACGCAUCAUUGGACUCGAUGCGGAUAGAAAAUAA